AUGCCUGAGGAACACCGCUGGAACCCUAACUUCACCCCCUAUGUGGUUAACGCCAUGGGUCCCAAGACCCCUCCUCGUGCCAAAGAGAUCAUUGGCUGCCUUAUCCGCCACAUCCACGACUUUGCUCGUGAGGUUGAGCUCACCCCCGCCGAGUGGAUGAUGGGUGUUGAGUUCAUCAACUCCAUUGGUGCCAUCAGCACUCCUAUCCGUAACGAGGGUCACCGUAUUUGUGAUGUGAUCGGUCUCGAGUCUCUGGUUGACGAGAUCGCCAACAAGAUCGUUACUGAGCAGGGUCUCUCCCCAACCUCCAACGUCAUUCUGGGUCCCUUCUGGUCUCCCAACGCACCUUUCCGUGCCCUUGGUGACAGCAUUAUCCAGAACCCUCACUCCAAGGGCCAGGUCACCCUCAUGCACGGUGUUAUCAAGGACAUGGAGACUGGCGCUCCUAUCCAGAACGCUGUGCUCGACAUCUGGCAAGCUUCUGCCAACGCUCUCUACGAUUUCCAGGACCCCGCGCAGACCGAGAACAACCUGCGCGGCAAGUUCCGCACCAACGAGAAGGGUGAAUACUACUGGUACUGCUACCACCCCACUGCCUACUCUCUGCCUACCGACGGUCCCGCUGGUGUUCUGUUGAACGUUAUGGAUCGCUCUCCCUUCCGUCCCGCUCACAUCCACCUGAUGGUCACCCACCCCGAUUACGCUACCAUCAUCAACCAGCUGUACCCCAGCACCGACCCCUACCUUGACAUCGACUCCGUUUUCGCUGUCAAGGAUGACCUCGUUGUUGAGUUCAAGCCUAAGACAGAUGACCCCAAGGCCACUCUUGACCUGGAGUACAACGUCACCAUGGCCCUGAAGAAGCACCACCCCAACCCCAACUCCGCUCCCCCUGUCUCCUCCUUCGAGCGCAGCCAAAAAGAGGCCAAGUCUUCCCUGUAA